AGGAAGACGGACUGGAGACUACUCCUCAUCCUCAAAAAGGAGGGAAACUCAAUAGACUUUUAGGGAAGGAGAGAUAGAAAGAUCAAAACUGAGAAUAAAAAAAAAGAUGUCAGUCCAUCAGAAGGAGGCCAAUUCUUUUGGAGUAACAGAUUACGUGGUGUUUACCCUCAUGUUGGGGGCGUCCGCCUGCAUUGGGGUGUACUUUGCCUGGGUGGACAGGAGGAAAAAGAGUUCUGGGAACUUUCUGACCGGGGGUCGCACGCUGACAGCCUUGCCCGUUUCCAUGUCCCUGACUGCCAGCACCAUGUCAGCGAUAGCAGUGUUGUCUAACCCUGCAGAGGUCUAUCGCUUCGGAGCCAUUUUUGGAUUGUUUUGUAUCUCCUAUUUUCUGGGAGCAGUCAUAACGUCUGAGAUCUUCCUCCCGGUCUUCUACAGGCUGGGCUUUACCAGCACCUAUGAGUAUUUGGAGCUCCGUUUUAAUAAAACCAUCCGUCUGCUGGGAACUGGAAUAUUCUUGUUUCAGAUGGUUCUCGUCGGAGGGAUCACCGUUUAUGGUCCAGCGUUAGCAUUAAACAAAGUCAUUAACAUGAAUCUCUGGGUUGGAAUUUCGUCAACAGCCGCUGUCUGUACAUUUUACUGCACGUUGGGGGGCUUCAAAGCCGUGGUGUGGACUGAUGUGUUCCAGUUAGGAAUUAUGCUCUCAGGUUUUCUGGCCGUUAUAAUCAAAGCUGUGAUCAUCCAAGGAGGAUUCUCCGUUAUCUUUUCAGAUGCACAACAAGGAGGAAGGCUCAACUUUUGGGACUUUGAUGUCAAUCCCCUGAGGAGACACACGUUUUGGACGUUCGUCAUUGGAGGGACAAGUAUCUGCAGCGCUGGCUAUGGGGUCACCCCUACUUCAGUUCAGAGAUAUAUUGCGUGCAGGAGCGUCACUCAGGCCAGACUAGCUCUGUACAUCAACCUGUUGGGUAUUUGGGCCUGCUUCGUCUGCAUUGUGUUUGCCGGCCUGUGCCUCUACUCGGUCUAUAAGGACUGUGACCCGUGGACCGCAGGCCUGAUCUCCUCUCCUGAUCAGGUUUCCCACUCAACCAAAAGCACAGAAUCCUCAGCGUCUGUGUUUUGUCAUUUGUUGACAUCAGUGAACGCUCCUCUUUCACAGCUGAUGCCGAACCUGGUCAUGGACAUCCUGACAGUCAACCCGGGUCUUCCCGGGCUUUUCCUCGCUGCUGUGUACAGCGGUUCCCUGAGCACCGUUUCGUCUCUGAUCAACGGCCUGGCUGCGGUGACCGUGGAGGACCUGAUCAAACCGUACUUCAGGAGGUCGGAGAGGCAGCUGCUCGUCAUCUCCAAAGCCUUGAGUUUCUUCUUUGGGCUCGUCUUCAUCGCCAUGGCAGGACUGGCAUCGGUUUUGGGAGGGAUGCUGCAGGCGUACAUCGUCAUCGGCUCGGUCACUGCGGGUCCUCUAUUUGGCCUCUUCUCUUUGGGAAUUCUUUGUCCGUUUGCAAACUGUAAAGGAGGACUGUCAGGCCUCAUCUCAGGGGUCAUUGCAGCCCUUUGUGUGAGUCUUGGGGAAGUCUUUUCACCUUCCCCCCUGGAGAUGACUCGACCUCUGCCCCUGAGCACGGCGGGCUGCAACUUCAGCACCGCUCCAGAACUCAACUGGACCACAGCCGCCCCAGAAGCAACGAGUUUGGUUUUUACGACAGGCGAGCAGAGCGGCGGGAACAUACAUCCGAUGGCCGUCGGCUGGCUCUCUCCGUCCUACCUUUACUACAACAUCAUCGGGGUGGUGACCGCUCUGACCGUGGGGACGAUCGUCAGCCUCCUGACAGGAGGCCUGAAGCAGACGGUGGAGCCGGCGCUGACCUUUCAGAAGGAGGAUUCUACGUUGUACCAUGUCUUUGGGUUUCUCAUGAGGACCUUAAGAGGAGACGAAGAAACAUCCCAGAGCAACAACGUCUGCAGCUUCCGGUCCGAGCAGACGCUCCACGGGGAGUCCGUGGUCAAAGAGACCAGCUUUAAAACCUCCACUUCCUCUGAAAUGCGAGGCUGCGAUUCGUGAAGACGGAUCAGGAAUCCAGUUAGACAAAUCCAGUUAAAUGUGUUUAUUUUCUUUUUAUUUGAAUCCUUUCUUUUACCAACUCCUCGAUUUUUAUGUUCUUAUGUGUUUGUCAGAGUCUUCCCAGCGGUCUGUUUACUACGAUGAUGUCAUUUUCAGCUCGGAUUAAAAACCUGUGUCGUUUUGUAGGACAUAGUUUCUGCAGAGCCUCAGUUCAUCAGAAAUCUACCUCUGAGUUGUGGGCCGGACUGCUGGCGCGGAGUAAGCCCACCCUGUUGCUGAGAGCUCUCUGUUUACACUCUCUGUACCGCUAGCUUACAGCCCCUCACAACCCCAACCUAACAUUGAUGGCGAGCGAUGGUGGAGCCCUCCAGCCGUCCAGUUUUAAACGCAGACGAGGAAAACAAAGACGUUCAUGGAUCCACUUGUCAACAAGUGGAUGCAACAGAAAGGGGCGGGGCAAGUGGAACGUCACGAAUACGAUCUUUUUCAAACUGCAUGUUUUCAUCUGGUCCUGAACUUCAAUGAUUUGAAUAAAGAAAUACUCAAAAAUGAAA